AUGACUUCACAACAAAAGAAAAAACGCUUUUCAUUCUUCGUUUCUCCUCCACGCUCUCCAGUAUUAUCACCAGCGAUAAAUCAGUCCGUUCUUUCUUUGACCACAACUGAUCCCGACGGUUUAUUUGACCGUGCGAAUGUUAGCAAAUCAGUCGACGCACUUGAACGGCUCGUGUCGGCUGCGGACACGUAUCGCGAUUUAAUAACCAGACUGACGAAAGCUUCGAAAGCUUUUAGUAAGGCGCUAAAGGAGUAUGGACACUGUAAAGGCAUGGAAGAGCGACAUGUCAUGUGUCUUCAGUCGACGUCGCAGUUUUAUGAUGGCUUGGCUGAUGUUCAAGGAAAACUCUACAAAGUUAUACAAAAGGACUUUGACAUGCUCAUGAAGUUUUGGGACAAGUAUUCUAAGAAAGCGAUCAAAGAUGAGCGAGCUCAUGACAACAGCGUGGCCGAUCUCGACAAGCUAGUAAAAAAAACUGGCAAGGACUAUGAAAAACAAACAAAGAGGGAUAACAAGGCUGCCGUUGAAUCCCAUGAAAAGUAUAUAUCUACGCUGACGUCACUUGGUACAGAGAUUGCCCAAAAACGUAAGGAAUAUACAAUUCAGCUUACUCAACGAGAAAAGCGAGCAUACUCGACGAUAGCGCAGAUA